CGUCUUUCCCGCGCUACCGUGUUGAAUACGCAUGUAUUUGUUCAUCACUCCACUCUCGGUUUCUCUGUGUCUCAGACGUCCUACUGGUUGGAUGACGGUCUUGCUAGUGCAUAAUCUGCUGCGAUCAGCAUAUAUUACGGCAUCUUAUCAGCGAUCUGAGAUGUAACCCCUUGUGAGUUGUGAUUGGCGCCAGUUCCUUUUUGUUGUUGUUGUUGUUGUUGUGUGUGUGUGUGUGUGUUUGUGUGUGUGUGUGUGCGUGUGCGUGUGUGUGUGUGUGUGCGUGUGUGUGUGCAUGUGUGUGUGUGUGUGUGUGUGUGUGUGUGUGACUGGAGAGCAUGUCCGGACGAAGGCUGAGCACGCACCUGCUGAUAUUAUAGGCUUCCCGUUUUCCGAUCUACUGUCUGAAUUGAUAUGUUGACUCAUCCCUGUGGGCAGGCUGCUAAGCAGGGAAGGCUUUAUUUAUACUGUUCGGCGUGAGAAUAAUUUUCCCACCUUUUUGUAAGUUACCGGGGGCACACACAGAGAGAGAGAGAGAGAGAGAGAGAGAGAGAGAGAGAGAGAGAGAGAGAUUUGUGCCGUGCGCCUUUGAAAAGCUCAGCGUGUAAUCUUUCCUCAGCGUCGAUCCAUCGUCUAUGUUUCAUCUGACCCACAAGUGUCAUCUUUCCUCGCCGUCGAUCCAUCGUCUAUGUUUCAUCUGACCCACAAGUGUCAUCUUUCCUCGCCGUAGAUAGGGUCUCCCUGCCUUUGCCGCGUUUGCCAGUAGUUUUGUGUAUAUUAGAGAUCAGACGCCAACAAAGAGACCUUGGGAGUGACUCGUCAUGAUUCAUUCUAAAUCGGGAGCCCCGCUGCGUUUUCUCCCUCCCUCCUCCUCUCUCCCUAUCUCUCCGUCGCUGUGCUUGUCCGAUCGACAGGAAACCAGCAUAUACACACCCGACGUGACAACAGAGCACCGGCCUGUGUAACAUCACGAGGCCAGGGCGCGUAUUUUAGGGCAUACUCAGUACGUCUUUCGUCGGUGAAUCUCCCUCGAGUAAUGACCAGAUUCAGUCAAAGUACGUAAUUCCCACAUGAGUUUGCCAUGAGUCAGUGCCCUCCACAGCUGCCCGUUGUCAUCUGAAGGUCUAGUUUGCCUCCUGAGGAUGACCGCAGCGCAAGCGGUCCAGACGCGUCGAGGAUUGUGCGCCUAUUGAGUUUGAGGAACAUUUUAUUCUUUUAUAGUAUUAUACUUCGUGUUCGUGAGCAAGUGUCAGUCAUUAUUGCUUCUUCUUCUUCUUCUUCUUGUAUAUUUUGUGCUCCUUUCCUUUUUUGUGUGUUUUGCCCCUUUGGUGGUCGUGAUUUGCUGCUUUAGAAAAGUGCUGUCGGCUUUCUUGCGGUUUCGUCGUUAAGUGGGACCCAGUGUUGUCGAGUCUUUCCUUGUGUCACACAGUGUUGUCGCGCGGGAGAAAAUGAGAGUCGCUCCGGUAGAUGACCGAUCUUCACCCCUGUCGGGCGAAGAAGAGCGAGACACGGAUCGCAAAGCGGCCUUGUCGUCCACGUGUUCCUCGUGUCCGGCCUUGAGCUCAUCUACGUGGUCGUCCACGUGUUCCACGUGUCCGGCCAUGAGCUCGUCUACGUGGUCGUCCACGUGUUCAGCCACAGGUACGCGCAGGUCCUCGGCAACCAUGAGCGCCACAUCUGUGCCAUCAUCGCCCCCGGGUUCAGUCACGUGUGCAUCCUCGAGUGCGUCAGCAUCAUCGUCCGCGUCCACGUGCACAGCCACUAGUCCAUCCACGUCGGCGCUGUCCACGUGUGCAUCCACGUCGUCGUCGUCGACGUGGUACCCGUGGUGCUUGUGCGAGAAGGCGGCGGCCCACUUGCCGUCCACGUGGACUGGUGGAUAUAUCACGUGCACCGGUUGUGGGAAAACGCUCGCCAAGGCGUCUGCGGUCGUUGAGUCGUCGGGAUCGGGAUUUGCGGCCAGGUUUCUGGCGUUCCUGGGAUGGCACAGAUUCCCCCACUUCUGGUCCUGGUCCUGGCCUUGGCCUUGGCCAGGUACGCGUGACAAGGACGAGGAUCCGGAAACGGGCGGCGGGGAUGAAGGUCCCAGCGUCCCUGUGCUGCUGGUUCCGGGGAUCGGAGGGACGGUACUCUUCGCAGAGGAUGACGAUGGGACGAGGGAGCGAGUCUGGGUGCGGUUUUUCGGAGCGGAUCAUGAAUUUCGGGAGAAAAUGUGGUCCAAGUUUGAUGCCGAGUCGGGGAAAACGGCGUCUCUGGACCCACAGACAAAGAUUGUCGUUCCUGAGGACAGGGAUGGGCUAUUCUGCUGCGACAUUUUAGAUCCUGCAAUUCAAAUCAGACUUGACGCAGUGUACUACUUUCAUGAUCUCAUAAGGGAGAUGGCGAGCUGGGGCUAUGUAGAAGGGCGCACUUUGUUUGGUUUCGGAUAUGAUUUCAGGCAGAGCAACAGGUGGGUGGCGCGUGGAGGGGAGUUGGGCAAAGGGGACAUGCACGGAAGGGGGAGAAGGGAGGUGGAGGGGGGGAAGAGGGAGGAGGGAGGAGUGGGAGGAGAACGGGAUGAGCAACAAGAAGAAGAAGAAGAAGAGGGGGAGGUGGACGAGAAAGCCGAAGAGGAGGGGGAGGAGGAGAAAGCAGUUGAGGGGAAGGAGGGGAAGGGGGAGGAGGAGGCGGACGAGAAAGCCGAAGAGGAGAGGAGGAUAAAGGUAGGAUACAGGAUAGCGAAUCUGCCACCCGAGAUUCGACCGAUCUGGUGCCAUCCCAAUGGAGGAGUGUAUGGAGUUGAUGUACAACCCUAUGCACAAUCAGCAAUUCCUCAUUCCAAGAGUUAUGAUGGAGAACAAUCAGAGUGUGGAGAAGUUGGAUCAUAGUCGGGUUGAUCUCCCAAGUCAAUUCAGGUUGCAGGAUGUCAACGAGAUGUCAUCUUGAGU